AUGGAACGCGAUGACGGGUCGCCGACCGCGCGCGGGGAGCAGCUGCGCCAGGAGCCGCGCACGCACGAGGGUGACCACCAAAAGGCGUCACGGGAAGUGUAUUUUCCGGUUGUACCGGGGGAGCAACAACUGCGGCCCUUCCAGCCGCUCCUUCCAAGUGGGCUGAAACGCGUCAUCGGGCGCUCGCAUUUGAUUUGUUGCUGCGUUCUUUCUCGUGAUGGGGCGAAUAGUCUCUGCCUCGUUGUGAUUAUGCUGGUGGCUGUCCUUGUCUUUAUGCUUGGUGUCGUCCCGCGUGGGGAGUUCUACUCGUACGCCGUCGUUUCCCUCCUCACCGCGGCUGCCAUUGCUUGCUUAGUUUUGUCGGUGACGGUGGACCCUGGCAUCUUGCUGCCGCUCCCGCACGACCCGGCGCGGCAGCCCGAGACCGUCAUCGUCAACGGAAAGGAGGUACUUUGCAAGGUUUGCCCAACCUGCCACAUCGUGCGCCCCCCGCGAAGCACCCACUGCCAGUUUUGCGACUACUGCGUGGAGGAAUUUGACCACCACUGCGGGGUGGUGGGGAGCUGCGUCGCCAAGCGCACCUUUCGGUUCUUUGGCGGGUAUUUCGUCUUCACGGCGUUCCUCACCCUCUACGUCGGCAUUCGCGCCAUAGCCGCGCUCGGCACGCGCCGCCACGACUUGGCCACCGGGCAGGGACGAUGGGAAAUGGGGGCCGCCGUCCUGUCGAUCGUCGCCGCGGGCGUGGGAGGCUGCACCGCGAUACCGUUCGCGUUGUACUACGUUUACCUUGCCUGCAUGAAUUCGACGCAAAAGGAGGCCGCCCGGAUCCCGCUUGGGUUUUGUGAGGUUAAUCACGAUUAUCAUCAGGGGUGUUGGCGAAACUUUUUUAGGCGCUAUUUCGGUUCCCUCGGCGAAAGCCGUAUUACGGCGGAGAACGCGAGGCUUUACGUGUAG